AUGGGAAAGGCCAAGAAAACAAGAAAAUAUAGAGUGAAGAAGAUGUUGAACAAGAAUGAUCCGAGAUUACAACAGAAUAAGAAGAAAAUGGUGCAAAAACAGGACGGUGAACUAGUUAGAGAAAUACCACAAGUGUCAUCAGCACUAUUCUUUGAAUAUAAUGAAGCAAUCAAGCCACCGUAUCAGAUUCUACUAGAUACAAACUUUUUCAAUUUCAGUAUUCAAAAGAAAAUUGAUAUAGUGAGAGGAAUGAUGGACUGUCUUUAUGCUAAAUGCAUACCUAUGGUGACAGAUUGCGUUAUAGCCGAGUUGGAAAAGCUUGGACCUAAAUAUAGAAUCGCACUUACGUUAGCUAAGGAUCCGAGAAUCCAAAGGCUCACUUGCACACAUAAGGGGACUUAUGCAGAUGACUGCCUAGUUCAUAGAGUGAUGGAGCAUAAAUGUUAUAUAGUUGCCACCAACGAUGCAGGAUUGAAACGACGGAUUAGGAAGGUUCCUGGAAUACCGAUAAUGAGCGUGGGAGGCCAUUCUUAUGAAAUAGAGAGACUACCGGAUGUUUUCUAA